AUUAGUCCUAGUUCUGCUCGUGGAUCCCUUAGGAUUUUCAAAAUGAAAGACUGUGUCUGCUAGAAGGGAUAGGUUGGCUGACAUCUUUCCAAAAUCAAGAGAAACAGCGAGAGGAACUCCAUAAAAGUGGCUUCCUCAAAAAUUCCCACAGAAUUUCCAGGCAGGAUCCCGCCUCUCCAGCUUACUGUCCCCCUCCCCCACCCCCUGGAACGCAAUCUGCAUGCUUGUCCUGGUCGCCAUGGUGAGGGGAGCUCUGGACGCACUCAUUCUAGCCGCCGGGAAAUAGUAGUGUGUGGUUAGGGGUGGGUGGACCCCUGCCCAUUCAGCGAGGGGAUCCCGGGCCAAGUCCUGGUACCGAGUUAGGAACCAUGCCUGUGGUGCUCCCCUCCACCGACCGCGGCCAGGACUCGCGCGUCGGGGCUCCAGAAUGGCGCCAGGCGGCCCAGGCCACGUCUCGCAAGGCGCACCUUCUGACCGAUCGCUGCGGGCAGGAGGCGGUGACCAUGUGGCAGCCCAAAGACAGUGUACUGGACCCGAAUGUGGCUCACCACCUGGGCCGAGCCGCCUACAUGGAGCCCUGGCGCUUUCGCGUGGAGAUGCUGAAAGGCGGCGGCACGCUGGAGAAGCCACCGCCCGGGGAAGGCGUCACUCUGUGGAAAGGGAAGAUGAAGCCCCCGGCCUGGUACGCGCGCCUGCCGCUGCCGAUGCACCGCGACGCGCGUGCCCAGCAGACCGCGGAGGUGGUGCACGCGCACGCGCGCGGAGCGCGCCUCACCGCCGCCCGCCUUGGCCGCGCGCAGCACCAGAUCAAUGGGCAGCUGCGGCUGCUGCUGCGCCAGCGCGAAGCCAGUGACCGCAGGCUCAGCGAGGUGCGCAAGGGCCUGCUCAUCAACCAGCAGAGCGUCAAGUUGCGGGGCUACCGACCCAAGUCCGAGAAGAUUCCAGACAAGGCUGACAGCAUGCUUGUCUGGGAGAAAGAGGAGCUGAAGUCCAUGAAGAGAAAAAUGGAGAAAGACAUGGAAAAAUCGGAGACCUUGCUCAAGGCUCUGGCCUCCUGUCGGGACACGCUGGACUUCUACUGUCAGGAAAGGCUUCAAGCUGUGGAACUCGUGAACCAGCCUCUGGACAAGGUUCUGGAGCAGGCUGGCCGCCACUCGUGGGUGGACAUCACUCGACCCCCAACUCCACGAACUCAAGGCCAGAAAACACCUCCUCCUGACCCCGUGGGCACCUACACCCCAGCCUGCGCUAAGGCCUUGUUUGAAGCCAAGCGCUUGUUGAUGGAGUCCAAAGACACCUUAGCGGAGAUGGCAAAGAACGAGGUGGACAUUCAGAAUCAACAACAGAACAUCAGCGACCGCGUAUGCGCUUCACUGGCACAGAAGAUGCGCGAGACCCUGGAGUUGAAGGAAAGAAUGACUAUGACUUUAGGGCUAAUGAGGGGAACUAUCCACCGGUGCAUGAAAUUCAAUCAAGAGAUGUAUGUCACGAGGGGCCUUAUCAAGGGUCCUCUGCUGAAAAGGAACCUGGAGGCUCGAGAGAAACUGAACAGACCCUUGGUUCGCAUGUAUCAGAGACACGUGGGCACUCAGCUCCCCGAGGCUACGCGCCUUGCCCAGGGUACUGACAAGCUGACGCGCCACAACUUGCACAUGGAAAAGAAUUUAGCGGAGCUCCGUACAACACACGACAACCUCGCCUGGAGCCUCAACUGCAAAAAGAUAGGACAUGAUGUUGACUACGAUGUGGUGCGCCUGCGCCUACGCCAGCGCCACCCACAUGUGUGCUAUGAGCAGGCACAGCGCCUGGUCAACGACUGGGACCCUCGCACACCACCGCGCAGCCAAACCAGUACCGCCCCCAAGUGACCUUGGGCUCAGGCGACUGGAGAGAUAGAUGUUCCCAAAUGGAUGGCCCUCCCUCCCUCUGACUCAUCUUCCCUCCAAACGCCCUCUAGCAGAACUAUAAUUAAAUAUAUUGUCACUUAUUAGGCACCUACUGUAUGUCAGUCGUGCCAUAAAAACCUAUGUACUUGUUGUCAAAUUGUUAGGGUUCAAAUCCCAGGUCCCUGGUUUCAAGCUGUUUGGCUUUGGGCCACAUACACUGCCUUUCUUUGACCUCAGUCUCUCCAGCCUGUGAAAUGAAUAUUACAGCACCUAUUUUGGAUGGUUGUGGGAAGAACAGAAGAAUAUAUCGGUAGAAGGUCAGUAGCAUAGCUGCUGCCUAUCAUAACGUGAGCAGUAACAUAAGCUGUUAUUACUUAAUAACAGCUCCACCUUAUCGUUGAGGAAACGGAGGUGUAGAGAAGUUAAGCCGAUUGCCCAAGGUCACACAGGAUCUUCAUCCAUCGCUACAGAGUCUGCCCUCUUAGCAGAAUGCCUCUGAUCUCUGCUUCUCUCCUCAUCCCACAAAAAGUCCCAGGCCCUGAACCAGGCCGGUGGCAGCACUGGGCACAGCUGAUACGGUGGUCACUGCCCUGGGGAAGCUCACAAACCCACUCCCUGCUGCCGGCAGUGUUCUUUUGGGAGAGGCCCUUGAGUGUUCACAUCCUCCUGUGUGCUCCGGUACCCUUGAACACCAGCAGAGAACUCUACUGUCUGUUCUUCCUGGGUCCCAGGGCCUGGGAUAUACAGACAAGGGUGAUUGUUGCAGUCACACUGGGAAAUCUGAAUUCACGGAUUCAACCAGUGUCAACUUGAGAAGAGUCUCAGGACUCCUAGGGCUCAGACUUCUGCGUUAGCACCUGUCAGGCUCUCUCCUCUUCCCCCCACCAAUCAGGAAGGAGCACACUCACUGAAAGGGAAUUAUGAGGAGUGUUUGUUUGUUUGCUUUUUGCUUUUUCAAUUAUGUGUACUUGUAUUGGGAGGUCUGUGUGCAUGUAAGUGCAGUGGACCACAGAAGCCAGAGGAGGGCGUCAGAUCCCUAGAGCUGGAGUUGUAGAGUGUUGUAAGCCACACUUUGUUGAUGCUAAGAGCUGAGAGCUGAAUCCCCAUCCUCUGUAAGUACAGUACACACACUCUUAACCAUUGAGCCAUCUUUCAAGCCCCAACUCAAGGGAACUUAGUAAAAAGACAUGAUGGUUGAACUUCACCAAUCAGAUUCCAUACUUGUGCAUUCCCCUCCUCAUUAAGAAAAAUCUUGGAGCCACCAAUCAAUGCUUGUGAUGCUUUUGCGGUCAUCUGUAGACCGUCACAGAGCAGUGGAAGUCUCCAGCCAUUCUGACUCACCACAGGCUCCCCUAGCAGGGACAAAGCAGGAGAGGCCCCACCCCCUUGCUUCAGCCCCCUAACUAGGAACAAGUGUCCUCCUGGCAGGCUACUUCUCACCCUCUGUCUGCACUUCUCAUGCUUCCCGUUCGUGGUUUCACUGUGUCAGAUGCCCUCCAGAGGUAGUGCACAAACUGUCUUAAGAUCCCUAAGUGCAGGGCUGGAGAGAGAGCUCGGCAGUUAGAGCACUGGCUGCUCUUCCAGAGGUCCUGAGUUCAAUUCCCGGCAACCACAUGGUGGCUCACAAACACCUGUAAUAGUACCUGAUGCCCUCUUCUGGCAUGCACAUGGUGGCUUACAAUCAUCUAUAAUAGGACCUGAUGCCCCCUUCUGGCAGGCAAGUAUACAUGCAGGUAUACAUGCAGAGCAUUCAAACAUAAAUUUAAAAAAAAAAAAAAAAAAAACCCUAA